AUGACAAGCACCGAACGGAGUAGUUUUAAAAUCGGUCGAGUCGAAAUAAUUUCUCGAACUGACUUGGAUUCUUUAGAUCAGCAGAAGAAAUCAUCGGGAGAAUUUUGCCCUUCGCAACACAGUGUUAUAAGAGAUUCAUCUUUCUUUUCCGAAUUGAAGUAUGGCAGUAAUCAGGGUGCUUGCAAUUGGUUUGUACAUGGUUUGCAUGCGGUUUGUAAAUGCUCAACUUGCUUGCUCACUUUGAAAAUUGUCCGUAUCAUCAAUGAACAAAACUUUGUCUACUGUCACUUUGCGAUGAUCAAAGAAAAUAUUGAUGAAUAUGAAAACAGAGUACAGACAGUAUGA